GAAGCUAUAGCUUGGGUACCUCGGGCUAACCUCGCCGCAGUUUUUAGCUAUCCGGCUGAGCUGACAGGUGCUUCGGUGGAUGAGCUCAAGCUGCUGGCGUCUUUCUUGAUCUCUUACCCACUCGCCGCUUUGCUGAAGCGCGUUCCGGAUGCGCAACCGUGGAAGAAGAAUGCCUUCAUCAUUGGAGCCUCGCUGUUCUAUCUGGUGGGCCUGUUUGACCUGUGGGAUGGCCUGCGAACAUUGAUCUAUAGUGCCGCAGGCACAUAUGCCAUUGCCUACUAUAUUGAUGGCUCGUUGAUGCCCUGGAUUGGAUUCCUGUUCCUCAUGGGUCACAUGUCGAUCAAUCAUAUCCAGCGCCAAAUCCUCGACGACGCUCAAGUGGUGGACAUCACCGGAGCGCAGAUGGUGCUAGUCAUGAAGCUGUCAUCUUUCUGCUGGAACAUCCACGACGGUCGCCUUCCUCAAGAUAAAUUGACCGAGGCGCAAAAGUACUCUGCCAUCACCGAGUUCCCCAGCAUUGUCAACUACAUCGGCUACGUGAUGUUCUUCCCGUCGCUCUUUGCUGGUCCCUCCUUCGAAUACGUCGAUUAUCGUCGCUGGCUCGAUACCACACUGUUCGACAUACCGCCGGGAACCGACCCGGCCAAAGUCCCCAAGACCCGAAAGAAGCGCAAGAUCCCACGCAGCGGCACUCCGGCUGCUAAGAAAGCUGCCAUCGGUCUAUUUUGGAUUGUGGCCUUCCUUCAACUGGGCUCGUGGUUCACCAAGGACUUUAUCCUUACCGAUGCGUUCAUGGAGUUCUCCUUCCCACGUCGAGUCUUCACCGUGUAUAUGCUGGGCUUCACUACGCGCCUCAAGUAUUACGGAGUGUGGUGUCUGACCGAGGGAGCAUGUAUUCUGUCCGGCAUGGGUUACAAUGGGUUUGACCCCGAAACUGGCAAGGUCUUCUGGAACCGCCUGGAGAACGUGAAUCCAUGGAGUCUCGAAACCGCGCAGAACUCCUACGGCUACCUGGGCAGCUGGAAUAAGAACACCAACCAUUGGCUGCGCAAUUACGUCUACUUGCGUGUGACUCCAAAGGGCAAGAAACCUGGUUUCCGCGCAAGCAUGGCCACAUUUGCGACCAGUGCCUUGUGGCAUGGUUUCUACCCUGGCUAUUACCUUACAUUUGUGCUAGGGUCUUUUAUUCAGACGCUUGCGAAGAGAUUCCGUCGCUACGUGCGCCCCUUCUUCCUCACCCCCGACGGAACCAAACCUACCCCCUACAAACGUUACUACGACAUCGCCAGCUGGCUCGCCACCCAACUGACCCUCGGCUUCGCCGUCCUCCCCUUCAUCUACCUCGACUUCACUGAAUCUAUAACCGUCUGGUCCCGCGUCUACUUCUACGGCAUCAUCGGCACCGCUUCCUCCAUCAUGGCAUUCACCUCCUUCUCCCCCGUCCGCUCGUACCUCACCGCCCAGCUCAAGCGCCGCAAUAGACCGCAUGUCCCGCGCACCAUGAGCCAGGAGACGAUCCACCCGCCUACCCUGGGCUUAUCGAAUGAUCUGGAGCGGGAAUUCGACGAGGCUGUUGCGGAGAUUCGUGCGGAAAUUGACUUAAGGAAGCGCAGGGGAAGCGUGGCGACGAUGCCGACUGGAGAGGAUUUGAGACAUGCGGUGGAGCAGAAAAUUGGUCGGAAGCUGUGA